UCCAGGGACCGCAAAGUCCUCGGCGACUACAGCGGGGCGCUCAGCUACGGCUCCACUGCCAAGUACCUGAACAUCGCCGCCCUGCUGUUCAACAUCUUCCUCGUCAUCCUCAUCAUUGCCCUGAUCGCUAGCGGCACCAUCGUCGUGGUGAACGUCUUCAACCACGAGCAGAAGCAUAACCCCUUCCUCGGCCCCACUUAG